ACAUUCUGCUUAUUAUAUUGCAAUCGAUCAAUUUUGAUUAAUUUGACUCUAGUUGAGAAAAAAUUUCUAGUUUAAUUUACUUCUCUUUACUUGUAAUACCUCAUUUAUCCAUCCUUCUCUCCAUAGAGUGAUAAGAGUAGAGUUAAGAACAGCGAAAGGCUUCUUACUCCUUUUUCCGAUUCUCAUUUUCAAUCGUGAAAUGCUUUACGCUUCUCAGCUGCUGCCACAGAGCAACACUUAACAUGUCGGACGCUCUCUGCACUCGGCUGCAGCAACAACUGGUUCUCUCCGGUACCGGACCCAGCUCCGAGUCUCUUGAUUUCGACGCCGUCAUCGUCGAGAUCCUCUCAUGGCUGCCUGCCAAAUCUCUGCUCCGAUUCCGGUGCGUAUGCAAAGCAUGGCGGGCCUUGAUCUCCGAUCCUUAUUUCAUCAGAAAACACCUCAGCCGCAUCAACACCAAAAUCAAUAGCAGCUACUCUCUCCUUUUUAUGGAUAAGGAGAACUCCAGUUCCCGAUCCAUAGACUGUGAAGCAUUAUUCAAGUGUUCAAGCCAUGUUGAUGGUCCCGUUCCGAGCAGAGAGCUUGAUUUUCCGGUAAGUACUGUUCAUGGACUCUUAAUUGUCACAUAUGUUGGUAGGCAAGUAGUUGUUACUAUGGAAGUACAACAGCAAAGAAGCACAUUGAAGCUAAAGGUGAAACAAACUAAGCGAGAGCAUGCAGGAGCUCCAUCCUACAACAAUACAAGAAGUAAAGAGGAAGACGGGCAUGCAACCCAGUGCUCUGUAAGGUUACAAAAGCUGUGCAAUCCGCAGCUUGGUUAGCCUUUCUGGAGGAAGGGUGUGGGCAACUGCAAUUCCCAUUUCAAGUGCCAACUCUUUAGCCAUCAGGGGAAUGCCGCCUCAUGCAGAGGUAUUCGUCUUUCAGAAGACCACAUUGAAGUGUGUCCUGGUCUCAAGUAGCAUCAGUAAUGACCUUGAAGGAAGCUGUAGGUGGUGGAAUCGUAAGCUUUCUCGUUUUAAUUUCCGACGUUGUUGAUAUUGCAUAUUGUAUAAAGGAUUCGGGAUGCACAUUCUAAAUUUCCCAAAGAAUAAAGCCAACUGCAACGAAUAGCUCAUCACUUCUCGGUGCUGUUGCACAUUCUCU